GACUGAGUGACAGGGAUGGAAGUAUCGUUGUUCUGCUUAUUCUAAUGAGUGGGAAUGGCCCAGAUCUAGACUGGAGCCUAGACAUCCGAGUCCGGUUGCUGGCCAGCCCUGCUGCCUUCUUAGCUUUUGACUUUUUCGGUCGGGGUAGAAAUGGCCAGGGGAUUGAUUGCAGAUCUCCUUCCCUAGGGCAUGAUCAAACCACAAAAUCUAGCUCGACUUACCAGGGUUCUGAGGUUCAGAGCAGUCUCACAACAAUAAACGCCAGAGCCCAGACUAGAACCUUAGAGAUUUCCUGUAGAAAGGGACCAUUCAGCUUCAGGUACCAGAGGCUGCAGAGUCAGAGGAGUGGAACUCACGGGGUUACCUAGCUGCCUGCACUUCCAUCCGUGGGCUGAGCCCAGGGAUUUGUAGGUGGCGAUCCAGGCACUCCUUCCUCUGUCCCUGCCACUGGAUUUCCUCCUCAAACUUUGCCUCGGUUUGAGUGAAAAAUAUCCUCCAUUAGAAAUACUUAAAGCUGAAAUUGUGUUCCCAGGUACCUAAAGAAAAUCCUGCUGUUGUGUGAGCUGCUUUUUGGUAACAACUUGCUACGCAGAAGAAGUAAAGAACUGAGCCAGGCAUGGUAGCUCACAUCUGUAAUCGCAGUACUCAGGAGGCCGCUGCAGGAGGAUCGUUAGGUAUGGAAGAGAAUUAAGGCAGGCUCUACCCUGAUAGCCAUGAGGUGCCUUAUGCAGCCCAGAGGCCGCCUCUCAUCUGUGGUGCUCAGCCUGCAUUGAUGUGCACGCCCUUCGCCUGCCCCGCGUGAGCCAUGGAAAAGAAUAGCACUGUCGACUUCAAAGCUUUGGAGAAAGAGCUGCAGGCAUCACUUGCUGCUGAUGAGAAGUACAAGCGAGAGAACGCUGCCAAGUUGCGGGCCGUGGCACAGAAGGUGCCGUCCUACGAAGACUUCAGGAACAUCGUCCUCGCAUCCCAUCUAAAGCCACUGGAACGGAAGGACAGGAUGAGUGGGAAGAGAACUGUGUCCUGGAACUACCAUGCUGCCCAGGGAAAGAUCUUCCAGGAGGACGUGGCUGUCGAAAUCUCCCAGGAGGAGACGCCCUUCCAGCCUGGGACCUCAGCAGAGUUCUACCGUGAUUGGCGUCGCCGCUUGCAGAGUGGACCAGAGCGCUACCAGGCGCUGCUGCAGCUUGGGGGCCCCACAUUAGGCUGCCUCUUCCAGACAGAUGUGGGCUUUGGACUCCUUGGGGAGCUGCUGGUGACCCUGGCUGAUCAUGUGAGGCCGGCUGACCGAGUAGCAGUGCUGGAGGUGUUGCAGGGCCUGGCAAGCACCAGGCGCUUCCCCCUGAAUAUGAGCCUGCUGAGCCCUGUGGAGCGUGAGGGCUGCCGAGCCCUGUUCCAGAAGCUACAGGCCAUGGGCACCCCUACGGCCGGGCAGAAGGCACCCAGUAAGAAGGAGCAGGGCCUGCUGCAGGAGCUGUGGGGGCUGUACCAGGUCCCCUGACGCUAUGGCCACCCUUGGGAUCCAGGGGUCAUGUGGCAUUGCUCAGGGUUUCUGUUAUGAACCCACUUCCCCACCUCAACUUGGAAUUUUCAGAGCAGUAGUUGGAAUUGAAUCUUGCCACUUCUCAGUU